UAUAGGUUUCAUCAGACAGCGAGCGAAUUCCCUGCUCUUGGGCUUUGGGAUAAAACUGUACGUGCGUGCUGUAAAUUAAUAAUGGAGGCGUUGUUAAAAAAGGAGUUGGGAACUUCCAUGCUGAAAGCCACCGGACAUGCUGGCGGUGGAUGCAUCAGUGAAGGCCAAAGUUACGAUACUGAUAACGGGAGAGUUUUCGUGAAGAUUAACCACAAGAGUCAGGCCAGGCAGAUGUUUGACGGGGAGAUGGCCAGUUUGGAAGCAAUCGUAUCCACCAACACAGUCAGAGUACCGAAACCUAUGAAGGUUAUUGAUCUGGACUUUGGCGGAGCAGUAUUCGUCAUGGAACAUGUGGAUAUGAGGAGUCUUACUAAGUAUGCUGCAGAACUUGGAGAACGUUUAGCAGACCUGCAUCUUUACAACAAGAGACAGAUGGAUAAACAAAACAGAGAGGAGCAGAGUAUUGGCAAAGGAUCUGGCCAGACAGCUACGCCCGUCAUUGAUAAGUUUGGUUUCCACGUGAUUACAUGCUGUGGUUACAUACCCCAGGUGAAUGAUUGGCAAGAUGACUGGGUGAAGUUUUUCUCUCAGCAAAGGCUCCAACACCAACUCAGCUUAGUGGAAGAGUCAUAUGGUGACAGAGAAGUCAGGGAAUUAUGGUCCCAACUGCAGCUGAAGAUCCCUCAGCUCUUCGCGGACGUUGAGGUGGUGCCAGCCCUACUGCAUGGGGACCUGUGGGGGGGUAACAUUGCAGAGUGCUCCGACGGCCCAAUCGUUUUUGACCCCGCCUCAUUCUACGGCCAUUCAGAGUUUGAGCUGGGGAUUGCGGGAAUGUUUGGUGGAUUUGGGGGCACUUUCUACAAUGCCUACCACAAAAAGAUCCCCAAGACCCCCGGUUUUGAAAAAAGGCAAAAGCUGUACCAGCUGUUCCAUUUCCUUAAUCACUGGAACCACUUCGGUACUGGCUACAGAGGCUCUUCAUUGCGUAUCAUGAAGGAUCUUGUGAAAUAGGUUCGUUUCUUUACGGACCUACUCUUGUCUUAUAUUGGAGAGACAGACAGAAGUGAUGGGAGUGAAAUUUUAUGUUUCCUCAAAGGUACCAUUCCCAUCUUUUCCUGAUACUGGCUUGGAUGCGAAUGCUGUGUUAGGAUUCUGUAGAGUUGCAGUGUUAAAUGCUUAACCUUAAAGUUUUGCUCAGUUACAGAAAUAAAUAAAAAAACAUCAUCAUUGUUAAAAUAUAAUAUUCCAGCGUGUGUAUGCCUGGUGCCUUUAAGUGAAAUAUAAAGAAGAGGAUCUUUGAGAGAAGCUAGUAGUUUUGCUCUGCCAUAUACCAAAUACGAAGAAAAAUAAACAAACAGACCCUCAAAAUGACUUAAACAUUGAUGUUAUACUACAGUUACGAUGAAUGAUCCUCUGAAACCUUAAGCAGCGUAAAGAAAAAUUGGUUUUACCAAGAAACAAUGUUUUAUUUCGACUAUUCAUCCGUGUUAUGUACAAAUUAACAUUCCAUGUGUUUUAUUGCUGCAAGGGCCUAUAGUGAUGUGUCAGUGGACUCGCUCAAACAGUAACACAGUUCACUGGUAUGUGGCAUGCACACGUUACUUAUACGUUUUAAUUAUUAUUUAUAAGAUUGACUUUUAUUUAAUUUUUGAUUUCACCACUGAAUCAUAUUGAUUGUUGUGGGAAAAAAAAAACAGAACAGUGGAAUGGUUCUUCUCAUUACAGUCUUAAGAUAAUAGAAUACUGACCCUCGUGGUUUUUGCACUAACGAACAAAUCUUAAUCUCUGCAAACGAAGAAAAUA